AUGGCCAUGCGACCGCAGAAGAUGGGAUGGGCUUGGGGCAGGCUUUGCCUGCUGCUCUCCCUCCUCCUCCAGCUGCCGGGCUCCCAGGCCAAAUGCUACUUCCAGGCUAAAGCUCCCUGCGAGUACGAGGGGAAGCAGUUCUCCCUCGGGGAGUCGUGGCUGAGCACACGAUGCUGUGCCCUCUCCUGCAGCACCCAGCAUCCCAUCGACUUUCCCGACUGGUGCGAGGCCCACUAUGACUCGCAGACCUGCCAGAUCUCGGUGGGGCAGAAGGCCAACCCCACCGCCGCGGCCCCCGGGGAGCCGCUGAGCAACAAGGUGCUGGGCACGGGGCUGAGCAGAUAG